GACAGUCUGAAGUCAACACAGCGUUGUUCGUCAGUCAACACUCCACUGUGACUUUGUUGAUUUCUAGAACUUCAAAGCUCGUAGCUCACCUGCUUCUUAACUCAAAGCUCAACUCGGCGCAAUAAGCUCAGGAUUUACCGGUACCAUAAGCUCCCACCUCAUCCGCGUGAAUUAACUCACAUCUUACCUGCGCGAUAACAUCAGAGCUUACCUGGGACAUAAACUCAGAGCUCACCGGCGUACCAUUAGCUCAGGAUUCCCAGGUAUCGUAAGCUCCUAGCUUACCUUCGCCAAUUAUCUCAGAGCUUACUUGCACGAUAAGCUCAUAUCUUACACCACCAGAGCUCAGAUAGCACCCGCUACAUAAACUCCGAACUCACCCACACCUUAAGCUCAGAGCUAACCUGCAGCACGUCAUGCCACCGACGCCUGCAACUGUACAGAGCUCACGAUGAAUCCCUACCUGGUUGAGGACUCGACCCUGCUCAGCGUCGUGACCAACCUCUCGACGUCCGCCCUCUACCGCAGCCAUGAGAAGCCUCUCACCUGCAACACGUCUGACGAGUACAUCCAGUUCUACAACACGGCCAGGUACAUCACCGGGCUCAUCGUCUACCCCAUCGGAUGCAUCGUCGGCAUCGCUGGAAACAUCCUGGCACUGAUCGUGUUUCAACACCGCGACAUGCGGACCUCAACCAACGUGUAUCUCUCCUCUCUGGCGGUAUCCGACACCAUCAAGCUCCUUAACGAUGCCUUAUACUUCAUGAUCGUCGCCAUCGCUCUCAAAGAAUCUGACCUAGCCGAAGAAAUGAUGAGCAGUCUCUACCCGGUCGCGCAUUACGUUUUCAACAUGUCCGUCUGCGUGACGGCCUGGCUAACCGUCAGCGUGGCUGUGGAACGCUACAUUGCCGUCUGCUACCCAUCCCGCGCUAAAGAACUCUGCACGACCCGGCGCGCGAAACUCAUUUGCACGUUCGUCUUCAUCAUCAUGAUCGUCAUCACCAUCCCCGCCGCGCUGAAAUACGAGAUGAAAACAGUCUUCGAUAGUUCCAUCAACCAGACUUGUUCUUUAAUAGUUCCCACGACGUUCGGGAACAACAAAGCCUUUUAUGUUCCCUACGUCUGGAUACACAAUUCACUCCGGGGGAUAGUUCCCGUGUUUAUUCUCGUCUUCCUGAACAUUAGCAUCAUUAACGAACUUCGGAAAGAAAGGGUUAAAGGGAAAAAGUUCACCUCCAGAAACCGAAUCACACUCAUGCUGAUUGCUAUUGUGUUCAUGUUCAUUGUGUGUAUCACCCCAGACGCCAUCUUGUCCACGUUUUUCGGGAAGGGCUACGUGGACGAGGACAACUUGGUGAAGGGCGUCAGGGAGAUCACGGACGCCCUCCUGCACGUCAACUCCGCCUGCAGCUUCAUGCUCUACUGCUCCCUGAGCAUCGUGUUCAGGACAACUUUCAUCAAGAUUUUCUGCAAGUUUCUAGACAGGCACCCGGAGCCAGAAGCGAUCCACCUCAAUCGCAAGACUACCUCUCAGAGACAGCCGGAAGCGGUUCACGAGAACCCGGAUGUUGUCCGGGUCAACGGGUGUACCCCGGCCCCUGGGGAAGACCCCCCUUGUCGGGAGGAUUAUUUGUGAGGGCGCCCAACCAAGUCCGAUAAAUGUGUAAUUCAUUUCUUCCACUUUUAAGCUCUGAGUGUAUUAUAAAGUCUUUCAACGAUUCGGGAAAGAGUACAUUCAGGAAAGGUCAAAUUCAGGCUACCAUUCAAUUGUAUAUUGGCGUUCAGUUUGAAACGUUCACAUGUAAAAACAAACUAUAAUGUACAAAAUGUGUUUUUCCUCCCAGCAUGGGGUGUUAUAACCCAAACCUGACAUGAAAGAUAAAAAAAUAUUAUAAGUGUGUUUUUCAAUUUUAAAAUUGUUAAGUCUAUUCAAACGUAUUACGUUGUUUUUAAAUGUGUAUCGUCCAUAUUUUCACAUCUUGUUAAAACUUUUUGCAGUUAUAUUUUGACAAAUGGCGUAUUUUAUUUAAAAAUGUAUUUUACAAAUCACAUAAGUUUCUCUACUUAGUAUAUAACUUCCCAUUUUGAAAAGUAUUAUUUUUUUGUUUAUUUUAGGUAGCCUGCCAAUCAUUGUUACAACUUAAUGAGCCAGAAGUUGGAACUUAUGAUGGAACGUUGCUCAUAUUAUAAAACUUUAAGGGUCAGGGCCUGGGAACUAUAUGUGAGGGGUAGGGUACACAAGUGCUGUGUUAUUUACAAGUCUCCGGCUGUUUAGAAU